AUGUCCCUCCUGGACGGCGAGCACUGUGCUCUGCCCACAUGCGGCACGCUCUCCUUCCUGCCCAUCGCAUGCCCGGAAUGCAGAGCACAAUUCUGUGAAAGGCAUGCACAGCCAGAGCAGCAUGCAUGCGCACAGCCAACACGCAUUCCCACUCCGUCUGAUACCAUGCGCAAGCGAUGCGAAAUGCUCGGCUGCCCACGCUGGUCCUUGCAGGUCGAGGGAGCAGCUCUCACACACCGUGCACCACGUUGUGAACGGUGCCACGGCCUUUUCUGCAUGCAUCAUCGCUCUGCUAUCGCCCACAAAUGUACAGCAGCUCCGCCUCCCACAGCUUACCAGCAGCGGCAGGCAUCGGCAGCGGCCCGCAGAGCCAAAGCCCAAGCUGUACUAUCCCAACAUUUCCCAUUAUACCACCGUAACUAA